AUGGUCAAGCUCGAAGAGGUCAUGGAUGAGGAGUUUGUGCGCGAGCAGGAAGGCCCGCAUGACGACGAUGAGUGGGACACCGACUCUGGUACGACACCACAAGCCGCUCCGAUGAUGCCUUUGGCGCAUGGAAAGUCAGACACAUCCUCCAUCCACUCAGUACAGCCAGACGAAUCCCUCUACGAGCGCAUCCUUGCCCUACAAGACAUGAUCCCUGCCAGCACACGCCGUUCCGUCUCCUCAAAAGCCAACACAAUCUCUUCAUGGUUCAAGAGCGGUCUAAACAUGGGUGGCAAGACCCUCUGGGUGGUGAGCACAAGUGCGCUGCUUCUGGGUGUCCCGUGGGCAUUGGCAUACAGCGAGGAGCAGAUGAUCGUUGAGCAGGAGAGGGCUGAACUGCAGGCGCAGAGGGCGCAAAACGAGUUCAUGGCUCCUGGUGCGCCAACACCUGGCCAGCUAACUGGCGCGAAGCCUGCUUUGUAG